CGCUAGUUUGGAGGGAUUUUGGGUGGGUGGGUGGGUGCGAGAUCAGGAGACUAAUCGGAAGUGCGAGAGGGAUAAAGAGAGAACAUAAAUUUUCGUUGUAUUGAUUGACUUUUCAGAUAUUUUCCAAGAAAUCUAAAUUGACAAAAUUCGAAAGAAAAAAGAAAGAAAUGAUUUCGUUGAACAAUAAACAAUAAUUUUAACAAAACGUCGUCUCUUUUUAAUUUUCUUUUGAUAAAUCAAUACGUUUUUCUAUAAGUUCGAUCAAAUGUAUUUGGCCCCUCCCUUUAAAUUAGAAAUUUCGAUUUAUAUACCUAUUUUAUAUAUUUUUUUUUUUUCUUAUUUGUAAACAUUUAUAGUAAUUAUUCAAGUAUAUUAUAGUGACAAUUAUUACUAAGAUUAUAGUGACACCUAAUACGGAACGACACCAAAGUCACAUUUAUAAUAUACACUUAUCCUUUACGAUUCUAACUUAAAUUUGUAUUUAAUUUGUCAUAAUUUAUUUAUGACCAGUCGACGGUUCUGCUUCUUCUUCUUCUUCUCUGUAAUACAAGGCGAAAAUAGUAAUUCGUGUCCCUAUCUUUUUCGCGGCUAUCGGUUUGUUUAUUUUUUAUCUUGCUUUUUCUCGUUCUCGAAAAAAUUUUGUUUAUAACAUGGAGCAAAAAUUAUAAUGAAAAAUUAACUUACGGAAAUGAUGUAACCGACGGCUUCGGUCCUGAGUCACUUGGAACUAAAGAAGUUGGCGAUAGUAUUAUCGACGAUGUUGUCAUCGAUGUCGACGGGGUUGUGUCUAAUUCCAGUGUUAUUGUCGUUGUCACCGUCGGCCUCCCCGUCGUCGUCUUUCCAGCCGACCUGCGACUCGCCGAUACGUUCGUAGCUACCAAUUCUAUACCAUUUUCGCGAUUCAUCCUUCUUCUCUCCAAGCACGUCUGUACCAAUAGCAUGGUCUUACCGAGGAGGUAGCUUACGAUGGCUAUAAUCACUACCGUCACUGUCACAGUGGCCAGUGUCAUGCCGAUUACAUACCAUCCAAUAACUUAUAACAGAAAAAGAAAAAAAAAUUUCCGUUAGAAAAUCGAAGCUCCAGUAGAUUCGUUUUUGUUUUAAAAUAAUGUUUCUCUCUCUCUCUCUCUCUCUUCCGGCAAGCCUCCCGAUCUCGCACCCACCCACCCACCUUCCUUCCCUCCCACCCCCCCUCCCUCCCACCCAUCCCCCUUCCCUCCCUCCCCCCUCCCUCCCUCCCUCUCUCCCUCCCUUUCUUUCUUUCUUUCUUUCUUUCUCUGUGUUGCUACCUAUUUUUCUGUAUCUCUUUCUAACUCUCUCUCUUGUAUAUAAAUAGAAAAUAUUAAAUCAACUCUUAAAUAAAUUCUACGUAUCAUUCUAUCUGAAUUAUUUUAUUUUAUUGUAUCGCAUUUUUUUCUUUCUGCCGCAUCACCCGGUAUUACUACUCUAUAUACAAAGUUUCAGUAGUUAAAAGAAGGAUAAGAAAUGUAAUACAAGAAUCCAUUUUUACACUUCAUAGUUUAUUUUAAAAAGUUAUAAAAGAUAAAUUCCACGGUAAUUUUUUCCAGAUAGCAAAUAUUUACACGCAUAUAUACAAUAUUUUCGAGUAACAAAUUUUUUCCCUUUUUUUAUAAAAAUUUAUCGAUAGAUUAACAUUAUUAUCAUUAACAUUAAAUUUACAAGCUUAAAUUUAACACUUUUUUUUUCAAGAGGAUAAAAGAAGGGCUCAAUUUAUGCUACACCCAACACGAAACAUUAAGUGGAAUGAAAAUGAUGUGAAAAUGAGAACUAAUGAAGAUGGACCGAAAUGCAAAUCACAUCAUUACUCGUUAAAUCAUAUAUGUAUGACAUGUUUCGACAAUGUUAGAAUGCUAUCUGGAUAAGAGGAAUUUAAACGGUAUUUAAUUUGAUCUUGGUAUAAUGCCAUGAAUUUGAUUUAUGAAGUUGAUUUAUGAAAUUGAUUUAUGAAGUUGAUUUAUGAAGUGAUAUAAAAAUGGAACAGUUAAAAAAGGGUGAUGUAUGAUUUUUUUUAUUUACUGAAACUUUAGUAUAGUUUACUUAAAAAUUAUUUAAAAAAAAAACUAUAUACACAUAUAUACAUAUAAACAUAUAUCCAUCUCUUUUUCCUUUUUCCCCUGUCAUUAAAAUUAUAUAUAUUAUGUAUAUUUGCAGAUAUACAUAACUUUAAUGAAACGGAAAAAAGAAAAAAGAGAUGGUUAUAGAGAAGUAAAGAGUUAACAUAUUGAAUUUUCAUUAAAAAAAUGAAAUAUGGAAAAUGUCAUCUACAAUAAACAAAAAUGAUUUACCCAUAUUAUGAUUUAAAUAUUAUACUAUUACUGUACAGGAAAAAUAUUUUUUUAAAGAUUGCACCGAUUUAUCCUAAUUUUAAAAAUUGUUUCAAUUGAUCUACAAAAAAAAAAAAGAAAAAAUUACUGUAAUAAUGUAUUAAUUUUUAAUAUGAUGACAUCAGACGAUCAAAAGAAUUACAUUCAAAUUUUAUAAUCUCUUUUGAUGAAUAAAUGUUAUGGACAGAUACACCAACUACAAAAAUAUAUAAACAUAACAUGCACUAUUGCUAUAUAUUAAUUUGAUAAUAAAUUAUUUCGAUAUGUAACUCUUUACGCGUAAAAAUGAACUGAAAGUAUUUAAAUUGAAAUAUCUAAUAUACCCCUAUUUUUAUAUUGAAUUUACAAAAACGAAUGAAUGAAUAAAUGAAUGAAUGAAUAAAUGAAUGAAUGAAUAAAUGAAUGAAUGAAACAUUGUAAAUUUUGUAAAUAAACAUCCCAAAUUGAUUCUAUUUUAUAUUUUUAUAAUCUAUAUCCAUCAUACGUAACCAAUUACUGAUGAAAGUGGAAGUUGUAAUAUUUUUUAUAUACAAUAUAAGAAAUCGUUAUAAAAUAAUUAAAAACCCCAUCAUCGCACGAAAAUGAGCACGAAAAUUAUUAAUAGAUACCUAUAGUAACUUCCACGUUCAUCAGUAGAAGAGUUGUUGUAAUGUUUCGUUUCGUAUGUUCGCGGAACAUUGUUAUUGGUGUUUGUGUUUUUUGUUUGUGAAUAAUAUUUUGUAAUAUCGGUGUUUGUGUUGUUGGUGGUAUUUUUUAAUUGGUUUUUGGUUUUCGCUGAUGGAUUAGUGUUAUUUUUAUUAUCUAAUUUAUCAGUAAGUGUAGCAUUAGUUGUCCUUUCUUUUAUCCUCAUACCAUUGUUAGUUAAAGCUAUCCGAUGGAUAUGACCACCAACUUCAGCUAUAUGUUGCCCUACUACAAGAACAUCCUUAUCCUCAACUUUGUUACGACCCCUAAAAUUACUAGGCAUACUAUCACUAAUUCUAGCUGCCCCCAUAUAAGUACUUGGCAUAUUCGGGCUGGGUCGUUCAGAAUAUAUGAUGUUCUUGUUAGGCAUAGUUUCACUAUUAGCUUUAGUUUUAUUGUUAGGCUCAGUUUUAAUAUUAGUCUCAGUUUUAUUAUUAGCCUUAUUUGCAUUAAUAUUCCCAAUUUUAUUAUUAGACUUAGCUGAGUUAGUAGUCUCAAUUUUAUUAUUAUCUUUAAUUGCAUUAAUAACUUUAGCUUUAUUAUUAGCUUUACUUGCAUUAAUAACUUUAUUUUUGUUAUCAGGCCUAAUUUCAUCGGUAGCUUUAACUUUGGUAUUAUUCUUUGUUUCAUUAGUAACCCUAGUUUUGUUACUAACUCUAUUUAUCUUCGUAGACUUAGCUCGGUUAUUAGGCCUAUUCCUUCUAUUAUUUUUGGUUGCAUUACUAGCCGUGGUUGCAUUAUCUACUCUACUCGUUUUACUAGCUCUAGUAGUAUUACUAGCCGUAAUCGUACCACUAGCAUUGGUUAUACUACUAGCUUUAAGUUCAUCAGAAAUUCUAGCUCCGUUGCCAACCACGACUGUAUUGUCACCUUCUACUCUAUCAUAAGCUUUAACUGUAUCAUAGGCCUUAACAGUAUCAUAAGCCUUAGUUGUGUUAGCUGCUUUAGCCGUAUCGAAAGCCUUAGCCAUAUCACGAAAUGCAACUGUAUUUUCAAAUAAGAAAAAAUUUAUACUAUUAGUCUAAAUUGUAUAUAGUAACUAUUUUUGUACUUUUCUACUCAUAGAUCUAAGACAUAAACAUAAACAAAUUAUUAAAGGAGAUACGUUACCGGAGCGAGACUCAGCCUUGGUAUCUGGAGAAAUAGUAGUAACGUUCUCCUUGGGUUCUAAAUUUCUAACCGCUGGAUGCAUGAACUUCGGCAAUACGUUGCCUAAAAUUAUAAUCAUGAUCAUAAUUGUAAUCAUAAUCAUAAUUGUUAAUUAUUAUGACAGUGACGACGACGACGACAAUGACAGCGACGUUGACGAGACGAGACGAUCACGACAAGGACAGUAACGAUGAUAAAGACGAUCAUCAUAUCAUCAGACCAGUUUAGUAGUAGUAACGUCGGUGAUAGCAUCAGUGAUGAUCAGCAACAGCGAUAGCAUUAACAAAAAUAAGAGAAUAUUUGGUUUUAAUUAUUUGUUCCAAUUUUUACUUCAUCAUUGUUUUUCUCUUUUUUUUUUUUUCUUUCUUUUUGUACAGUGAGCGAGUUUAUAGAAAUUAUCUUUCGAAACUAUUGAUCGAAUUAAUUAUCGAUGAUUAAAAAAAUAAGUAUAUGUAACUUUUUGUUAAACAGUUAUAAAAUUCUACGAUUCUUCCUUGUUUAUAUAAUAGAAUAAUCGACAUUUUUAUCGUCCAAGAGUUUCGAAUAUUGGAAUUGUUAUAUUGACGUUCAACUUUAUAUAAAUUUAUAUGCAGCCAGAAAUAUAAACUCGAAGUUAAUUGAUUUUGUUGAAAAAUAUUCUACUUGAGAAUUAAUAAAUAAAUAUUUUAUUUAAUUUAUUAAUUAUAGAAAAAUUUCUAUCGCAUAAUGUAUAAUUUUUAAUCGUUAACCGACCACAAUGCGAUGUUUGUAAAUAAUAAUAACUACUACUACUAUGUAAAAAUAUUAUAAAAUGUUGUUGCGUGUAUUUUGUUUAUAUACCAUUAUUAUAAAUGUGUAGUUAGUCAUAACAAAUAAUAAUUAAAUCGUUUUGGUGUUUAAAUUAAAAUUUUGUCAUGCGAAUAUUUAAGUUCUUUGUUUUAAAAAAAAAAACUAAUGCAGUACUAAACCAAAAAAUAACAUCAACAACAAUCAUGAAUACAUACCGAAAGCAGCGGCUACCAAAAUCGUGCACAAGAAGAAGAUAUUCAUGGUAUUCUCCAUUUGGUAGAUCCUACGCUGACGUAUCUUUUCACUGGUUGUUAAUUCUUCCCGAAGGGUUUACACAAAUGCUUCUUCAAAAGCCUCUGCAAAAUCUGCAACUCUAAAAUUAAUUUUUUUUCAUUAGUUUAUUUUAUUUUUUUUUUUUUUUUUUUUUGUUUACAUUUUUUAAUUACACAUAAAAAUUCCAUGAGUGUAUUCUUAUAUUACGAACAAACACAUUUAUUUUGAUGAUUCAAUUUGUAUGUAUGUAUGUAUGUGUUAUUAUACUCGUGGUUAUCAAACAAAUAACUCGAACAAUCUUCUUUCACAUUACAUAUGUAAAUAGGAUAUAGCGAGUACACGGGUCUUUAUUUGAUAUUAGCUAUUAUAUAUGUGUAAACAUUAUUACGUCAAUAGAAACGAAUUUCUGUCAUUUUCAAAUUAUUCGUGAAUCAACGAAAACGUACCAAAUGUAUCUCUUUCUUUCUUUUUUUUGUGUCUAUAUAUGCAAUUCUGUAUAUAUAUUUAUAUAUAUAUAUAUCUAUAUAUAUAUUAAGUUAUGUAUAUUUAUAUAUAUGUAUAUAAUAGCUUAUAUGGGUACAUAAUAAACGAUGUAUACGUAUGUAAGCGACACAAAAGGAAGUUAUAAUUCGGCAAUAAUUUUUUUAAACAAUUACAAAAUUCAAUUACUUUUUUUUAAGAUUUCUUUUAUCUUUGAUUAAUUCAAUUUACAAGCAAUUCUCUUAAUUUUAUUUUAAUUUGAAAUGUAUUAUUUGGAUUAAAUCUUUCAUAUAUUUAUUCCAUCCAAAAAUGUUUAAUUCAUCUUAUGUAUGUAUGAGUAUACGUAAUUAAUACGUUAAUUUAUUGAAAAAUAUGUUUAAGAUAACGUUUUCGUUGAAUUUCGGAAUAACGUUAUACAAAAUAUGUUUUUAUAAGCGCUUACAAAUUGUAUGAGUAAAUAUAAUUUAACAUUUAAUCAUUCGUUUAAAAUAAUUUUCUCAUGGAAACCUAUGUAAAUAUAGCUUGUAAUAUAAUGUAAAUAAUGUUUUUCUAUUAUGUAUAUAUAUAAAUAUGUGAUUUUGAUGUAAAUAAUGAUUUUGUAAAUAUCAUUGGAAUAAUAAAAUCAAAUAAUUAAUAAUAAAAAAAUCUUAUUUCCUUUCCUUCCUUUGUAGAAUAGUAUCGAAUAAUAAGAUAUAAUAUAUAUUGAAUCAUUGAUAGGAAUAAUAAAUCGAUUUAGAUGCAGUUACUUUCAUAAAUAUAAUAUAAAUAUAAAAUCCCGUACACAGGCACAGUACUUGUAAAUUAAAUUGUUUUAAUAUGAAGCACGUCCGUUUCAAUCAGAAGUCAACAAUAUUACAUUCACGCCCGCUGAGGGCUUUGUGACGAUGGCGUACUCAUUGUCUAUUGUAAAAUUUCUAAAGCUUGAUGGGAAUUAUCACUAAUUGGAAAGGAUCCUUUCUCCGUUCCGUUCAAUAAGUUUUUAAACAGAAAUAAUAUCUUAAACAAAACAAAAAUAAAUGAAAGAAAUAAAAAGAAAGAAAGAAGUAGAAAGGAAAAGGAGAAAAGAAAAGAAAAAAUUAAUUAAACGAAUACCCGAUCUCGAAACAAACGAAUGCACUCGCAUUGAAAUAAAAGGACGACAUAUUUCGAAGUUCGUCACAAAAAAGGAAAAGAUUUCACUCUUCCGUUAAGUGCAUUCUUUCUUCUUUAUUUAUUUAUUUAUUUUUUUUUUUUUUUUUUUUUUUUAAGAAUAUGAAUGAUACAUAAAAGAUGAAAAAUGAUAUAUCAAAGGCAAAAUGAUCUAUUUUAUUUUAAUUUUAUAUAUUAACAAUGAUACUAAUAAUUACCAGAAUGAAAAAGAGCGGAACGUUGCCGAUAUAAAAUUGCUGAAUACAUGAAGACAGUUCGAUGUAUGGAGGAAGACUGACUCCUGGGCCGACAUUAUGAAAAUGUUACCUUCUUGUAUAUGAUCUUACGUCACAAGAUGGCAGAGUAAUUGUACAUAGAUAGAAUAUAUUGUCUUAAUAUGGGCCCUUCGAUAUCGAACGGUCUUAAAUCAAUCAUUUAUCUCGAAAAUUCAUUCGAUUUAUUUCAAAUAUUCUCAGAUAUAAUGUUUUCUUUUUGCUUCUUUUAAUAUAUUUUUAAUAUCCUUUUAAUAUAUCAUCAUUUUUCUUUUAUACUUUUAUCACAAAAGUAUAUUAAAAAAAGGUAUAACAAAAAUGUAUUAAAAAAAUGUUAAAUAAUUAUAAAUAAAUAUAUUAAAUGAAUUUUGUAUCGAAGGUUAUGUUAGAGUUCAUGAGAAACGAAAUUAUUUAUUUGUCGGCAAAUAAAGUUGACUUGACAUAUCGAAUGACAUAUUCGAUAUAUUGAAUAUAUGUAUUUUAAAUAUCACGAUAAAGACCCUCCCACACAUUUCCCAGAUGUCCGAGUUUGUGCUUACAGCGCUAUAACGGAGAAAUUUAGAAACCAUGCUUUAUCACAUAACUUUGAGGGACCCAAAAUUACUUCCUUACGAAGAACGGAAGAGUGAGGUUGUGGUAGAGGUUAUAAUCCUCCAAUCUAACAACUCGAGUUUACGAUGAUGUCUGAACAGUAAAAAUUGUUGUCAUCUCGUAUUAUUUCGAUUAUUCAACAAAAUGUCUGAAAGUCGAAAUCCAUUAUUCGAUAUUUUAUCCGAAGCAGUGAAGUCUAUUCAAAAGUGUCUACAAUGUUCAAUUUGUUUGGAUAUGCUUUCUACAGCAGUGAAAACAAAGUGUGGACAUUCUUUUUGUCGUCCUUGUUUAAAACCAGUAUUAAAUAGAAGACAUCCUAAAUGUCCUCUAUGUAACAAUAUUAUACAAAAGAGACAUAUUAAAAAGAACUUGCAUAUACAGAAGUAUAUUAAUCAUUUCAAUCAUCUUGUUCGUGCCAUUCGUCAAGAUACAAACAUCGACAUACUCUCGUAUACAAGAUUUCCACAAAACACGAGAGAAGCUUGUACUACGUCAAAUCGUCAAAGACGUAGUAGAGCCAGUGCAACGGUCACGAGGGGAAAUAGAAGUACUAUUGGAAAUACCCCAGUGAUCGUUGAGAGAAACCCUAUUCCCUUGGAAGAACAACCGAGCACCUCGCGUCAAGCCGUCGAAGGUGAAAGAAACAAUAUGUGUAGAGAACAGAAGAAUAAUACAAAGAAAAUUGGCUCUACAAAUGAAACAAGAAGAGCGAGACGUUUGGUGGUCACUGAAGACACAUCCGGCAUUAUUACUCGCCAGUGGCGGAGACAAAAUGUAUCUUCGACCAACAGCACAACCUCUCGACAACAGAACAGAGUAAGCAAUAGGCGGCAAAAUUUACCUAACGCUGAACAAUUUGAAAAUCCUAGCAAUAGGAGAACUGGUAGUUCGAACAAUACUGCAGAGAUAUCUAAUAUUUCCACAAUACCAUCCAGUAGUACUACCAGCUCGAGUCGUUUAGUAAACGUACAAAGUGGAAAUAACGUAAAGCAAAAAACUUCAAACUUGACAAAAAGUCAAGCUACGGUUAAAACAAAAGAAAAAAACAAAAAGAAAGUUUCAAUGCCAUUUCUCUAUAGAGAAAUUCAGAACGAUCUUAGACAGCUUAAACUACAAUACCAAGCGAUCCAAGCGAGUGCAAGGUCACCUUUGGAUAUAGAAACAUUCUUACAGAAUCCUUACGACAUUGCAACUGCGAGUAUCGAUGCAGGCAGUUCAACUAGAGAAUUAGAGUCUGUUAAUACAACUAACGAACCUUUGAACAGGAUCGUUGAAGUUGAAAGGGAGAUAAGAGGAAAUUCAUUGAACAUCGACUUACCAAGUACGAGUAGUUCAACGAAUAUGUUAGACGAAUUAUACGUAAAAAAAAAACGACCUAUGAUAUCGUCAGCGAUAUCGUCAACGAUAUCGUCAGCGAUCUCGUCAACGAUAACACAACUUGUAUCGUUAGGUCAAGAAAAGAAAAACGAAUUGAUUGAAAAUGUAAUUGUUCAUCGAGCAAACGAUGAUCAAGUGUUUCCUUCUACUUCUACUCACAAUCUAUUUAUUUGGAACGAACAACCAACAAAUAAAUAUGAGCAGAAGUUUCCACAAAAUACAAUUAUUUCUUUGGAAGAAGGAACACAAAUACCAUUAAGUUUGCCUCGUGUACAGAUAGAUGACAUUACCGAUAUGGAUAACGUCAAUAUAUCUACGAAUGAUGACACAAAUCGUACAUCUCAAUCGAAUCAAGAAAUAAUUCCAAGGAGAUUGUUAAUGGAAAAAAUAGAUGAAUCAAUGAAUUCAACGAUUACCAACAUCAGACAGCGUGAUCAGAAAACUGCACCUGUCAGAGUAAAUCGUUGUGAUAAUUCAUCUAAAAAUACAAUUAUACUAUCUCCUGGAAUGAAACAAUAUAGACCGAUAAGAAUCAGCAACAAUAUAGAGCUGACAAAUCAAGUAAUGAAACCGUACGAGUCGAUAUUUAAGAGAAAAAGUUCAACGAUCGUUAGUACAUCCAACGAAACUUCUGUAUCAUCCAGCACAUCUCAAUUAUCGAUCGUCAGAUAUAAUCCAACGAAAGAAAUGAGUCAAAGAAAUAUAUUAUCCACAGAUAUUUCUCCAGGUGUUGCUAUUAACGAUAGAGGAAUCGUUAGCAACGUAGCAGAGAAAUUAGACAUGGAUAAAAACGAAAGUAAUAUUAAAGGGAAAAAGAGAAAAAAUUAUAAGCCUAUCGAACUGACGAAUACUUCAGAUGCUGAUAUGGAAACUUGUAUCGUACCAUUACAUAAGUACAGCAGAGUAUCGUCAGAAUCGAGAGGAAAGAUACAAUUUUAUAAAUUAGGUUCGAUUAAAAAGAAAAUGGAUACAAUGGAAAAUAGAGAAACAAAGAACAAAGAUGACGAUUCCGAGAAGGGGGAGAAGGAGGAGGAGGAGGAGAAGGAGAAGGAGAUGGAGGUGGAGAUGGAGAUGGAGAUGGUCAUGGCGAUGGAAGGACCUUCGAAUGAAAUCGUUGAGAAAAACGAAAAUUAUCCGAUAAACGUGCUGGAAGAAAUACAGGAAAGUUCGCCGAACAAACCCACGCAAGAUUCGUUAAACAUUCCUUUAAAUACCAGCAUCGUAAACGAACAAAAUAUUAAAUCCGACGAAUCUCCGAAGAAAAAUGUAGAAGAUAUUUCUGAAGAAACGAAUGAACCAAGAGAUAUUAAUACAAGUGAGAUUCGUUCGGAACCGACAAGUGUAAUGAGAAAGAUAACUACGGGAAAUGACACGCAGUUAAACUUUCUCAAUUGGCAGUCGGCAACGCCAAUAAAGUUGAAAAUUUCUCAUGAUUUGACACUUUCAAAAUUUCGAAUGAGACCCAAAAGGGUGAAUGGUUUAUUGGUACAAAUGAAUGAAAAAAGAGAUACACCAGAUAUCAAGAAAACAAUGGAGGGCGAAAAAACGAGAAGAUCAAACAAUAGUAGUAAUGAUAUUGAUUCAAAUAAUAGCAUAUCGUACAAUAAAAUGAACCAAAGAGAAAAUCUGGGUAAUGAUACUAAAAGCAUACGAAACGACAAGAAAAAUAUACCCAUAAGUCCGGGGCUCAGUGAUAUAUCCGAUGGAAAUUUAAAAAACAAAUACCAUGAAGUAAUAAUACUUAGUUCAGAUUCGGAUACUAAUGAUGAUUUUAUAGGAAUAAAGGCAAAUGUAAAAAGCAAUAACAAACUUGGUUUACAGUCUGCUAAAAAUAUGCCUAAGAAGAGAGCAAGAAUAAACACAAUGAAUGAAAUAAUAACAAUUGAUUCCGAUUCAGACUCUGAUAACAGUCUAACAAAGAAAAGAAAGACAGACAGCAUAGAGAAUGAAAAUGACAAAGAAGUCGAAACUGAUAAAAAAGAAAAGUGUACAAUCUUAAAAGAUUCGACUGACAUUAAUUUCAUAAUGGAAAUCAUAAAUAAUUGGUGCAAUAGUUUGAAUAUGUCACAAAACUUCAUUGGAGCAAAUGAAUUACAGAAGUUGAAGGAAAAAUUAAUGUCGAACAAACCUUCAAUGACAAUGACUUCGCAAAGUAUUGAUUGGCAAAAGCCCAAUACAUCUGCUGCAGCAACAAAUGAAUGUGAGAAACCAGAAGAAUGGAACAAUGACAUUAUAGACAAAGAGAGAUCAAUUAGAACAAAUGAAAAGGAGAUCACAUGGAAUGAAAAUCAAAACGUAAAAGAGAUUGAUCAAUCAAACAAAGUCGACAACAUAAGAGAUACUUUAAAGAAUUUCUUCUCAGAUAAAAACAUUGUUAGCAGUACGCAAGAGUUAAAUAAAGAUCAACAUGACAUUCCUUCGUCAACAAUAUCCUACACUCAAAUCAAUGAAGUCAAUUUAAACGCCAGUACAUCCAAAGAAAAUUUGCAGAUGGACAAGGAAGAUAAUACAAUGAUCGAAAAUUUCAAUAGUUCCAAUGAAAAGAAUAAAACUGCUAAGAACACGACAGAUGAUGUUCAAGUACACAUGACUGAAAAAGAUACUAUCAUGAACAAACAAAACGCCGAAGAUAAACAGACAACAUUGAUGAUAUCUGAGAAAGAAGAACACGAGAAUAAUAGAGGCAAAGACCAAAGUACGGAGAAACAAAAAGAUACCUUGUGUGAUUGCGAACAACUGACAAAAUAUGAUUCUUUCUUCAACAUAACACAAGAUCAACUUUUACUCAGUGCUCUCGAAGAAGAUCUCUUUAGUAUUAUCGAUUUAAUGACUUCAGAAGAGUCAACAAAUACAAAAGCAUUGUCUCAAGAAGACGAAUUAAACAAUUUAUUGCAAACACCAUCAAAAUCCACAAACGAUCUCGAAGAAGAAACGAAUCUUGCUAACAAAGAUGCUGAAAAAAUUCCUACUGACAAUGAAACAGUCAAAAAAACACAGCAAUCUGAUAAAAAAUCUAUGGACACAGUUGAUCUCAGUGAGAUAACUGAAGUAGAAAAAUCUUCGACCAUACCAGAAGCUAUACCAUCAUCAAGCAAAAGCUUCCAAGUUGAGAAUAUAGUGACGACGAAUAAGAUGAACGUGAAGUCAUCCUUAUCAGAAACUUCUAAAUUUCAAGUCAGCCCAAAAACAAAUAAAAAUAAGGUCCAAGUGUGUCAUCAGAAUAUAUGUAAAACGUACCAAACGGCUCAUAAUCGUGGUCAAGGAGAGAGCUCUUCCCUAAACGAAGAUGAAAAAUCUCUUGAAUCACAGUCGAAUACCAAUACGGAUACUGUUAGGACGAGUGCUAGCACGAGCAGACAAAAUCAAUUGAAAGAUAUGUGUCUCAUUUGGAGUAACCUGACGGCUAAUCAAGUCGAUUCAAUCAAACAAUUGUCAUCUAUGUUAAGUAUCAAAUGGACGAAAAAAUUUAAUCCAACGGUUACUCACGUAAUUGUUGGUAUAAACAACAACACAGUCACUAAAACUUUGAAGUUUCUGCAAGGCAUGGCCUAUAAAAAAUUCGUCGUUUGUUUUAAUUGGGUCACGGAUUGUUUAAAGGAAAAAACUAUAGUAAACGAAGAACCUUACGAAGUUAUUAACUUUUGUACUCCUAAAGCAACUCCUCCAGGAUCACGCCAUAGAGAAAACUUUUUCAAUGGAUUUACUUUCCUUUGUAUCGAACCUUUCCGAAGUAUAACAGUAAAUCAAUUCGAGGACUUAUUGAAAGCAUUGGGCGCUACGAUUGUUCAAACUAUGGAUGACUUUAUUACCGCCAAAGAAAAGUAUAAAAUUAUAUUGGUACAAAGCGGAGUGCAUACGGAUGAAAUUAUUGCAAGUUGGUACAAAGAAAUCAAGGCCAUAAUAAUUUCUAGCAAUUGGGUUGUGGAAUGUAUUAGUCAAUAUAAAUUGAUACCAUGUUAUACAUAUCUUCAUGAGAUUGUAGAAAAAGAUACAUUAUCAUUAACAUAUCCGAAACAAAUGAUAGAACUUUUCUAGAAUUCCUAUUGGUCAGAAAUGAAAGUUUUUACAUACGUACAUACGUACAUAUGUACAUUACAGAAAGUAUUUCGAUUAUCGUUCGAAAGAGAAAGAAACAUGUUAAAGGAAAAUAAACGUUGGAAAUUCAACGGUGAACGAGAGAAAGAAAGGAAAAGAAUCGACGGAAUUUCAUUUAUGGUGGAACUACAGUGGGAAAUUCAAAGGACCUUACAGGAUCUUAUAGGACUACGUGUCGAAGGAAUCGAAUUUCGUGAUAAAGAGAGAGAGAGAGAGAUAAAGGGAAAGAGGCAGAGAGAAAGAACUUUGUUCAUACUCGCUUCGAUAGCUGUCGUUUCCUGUUAAUUGACAGUAACGGAUACAGCAAAAGCAUGAACGUUCAACAGCAGAAAACAAAGGACGAUGAGGGACAAGGAAGGGUUGAAAGUGAUGGUGUGAAUGUAAUAGUUUUAGAGUAAACCCAAAGAAGGACAGCACGCAACUGGUUUCUACCAACAAAAAGAAAAGCUCUCUCUACUCGUUCGUCUAGUCGCUGCCAGAGAGAGAGAGAAAAUUAUCACCUUUCUUUUCUCUCUCUCUCUUCUUCCUUUUCUCUUUCUUUAUCUUAUAUAGUACUUGCUUUUGUUAAUUGACAGCGAAUAGACGGACGAGUAGUUUCUUUUUUCUUUUUUCUUCUUGUUUUUUCUACCUUCUUAUAAGUUUCUCCGAGAUUUAAUUGUAACAUUGCUUUGACUUCCUCAAGAAAUUGAAUAUGAUUCUAUCAUAAUGUUGUGUAUCGUUUUGUUAUCUUUUAUCGUCAUUAUCGUUUGCUUCAUAUCGUUUCGUUCGUUUUCAUUCAUAUGUGCCUUUAUAUGUACGGGUAUUUUAUAUGUUAUUAAUAAUUGAAAAAGUUAGGUUAAUAUUUAUAACUAGAAAAACUACGUGUACAUAUAUUAUAUCCUUAUCAUUCUUAAAAGCUUUGUUACUACUAGAAACUUUUUUACUUUUUUACUUUUUUAUAUUUUUUUACUUUUUUAUAUUUUUUACUUUUUUUAUAUUUUUUACUUUUUUAUAUUUUUUACUUUUUUAUAUUUUUUACUUUUUUAUAUAUCAUAGAUUGUAUUGAAUAUGGAGUAUUAUCUUAAGUAAAUCAUGCAUAAGUCAAAUAUUUUAUAAUAAAUCAGUAAUGUCGUAAUCGACAAUAUGUCCUUUUUAUGUUAAGAGUAUUAUAAGUUAGAAGUUAAGUAAUAUAAGAGAUAUUAUUUAUAUAUAGCAUAAUAGAAUAACAUAGUAAUGUAAGGAUGUAGUUUGCGUGUUAGAUCGGCCAAUUUGUAAUAUCGUAAAUUGUAAUAAUUAUCUUUUAGAUUUAAAAAAUGUACAUAUAUUCGUACGCACAAACUUGUAUAUAUUAAUAUUGUAAUAUAAUAGACAUAUUGCAUUCUUCAACGAUGGAACAUUUUAUUAAAGCAAAGACGCUUAUAUCGCUUAUGUCAAUUUAAUAUGUAAUUUCAAGAUUAUGUAUUAAUCGUUUCGCAUAUUUGAUUUUUCAUAUUUAUUCCGUUACAACGAAUUUCAUCGAAUUCUAACUAAAAUAUCGUAUAUCACAAAUUUUAAUAAACAGAUGUGUACAUAUGGCUGAUGAGAUUCAAUGAAAAAAAUAAAGGAUGCAUGAACGAAUGUGUACAUACCUCGUCGUCAGAGUACAUAUUACGCACGUACCUGAUUGAACGAUUUUCUAAUGAAUGUUUAAUAAAAUUUUUGUAUUAAAUA